AUGCAUGGUUUGCUACAAAGAGACAGUAGCUUAGAAGAUUGUUUACAUGAAGCAUCUCUAUAUCAAAUGCCGUCCAGUUUGAGACGACUAUUUGCAACUAUUUUGGUUUAUUGUAAUCCAACCAAUCCGAGAGAGCUUUGGGAACGUUUUGAGCAAGAUAUGUCAGUUGAUUUUAGGUCGACUGAAGAUUCUAUGUUGAAUGUAAGAAUGCAAGUUUUGCACUCAAUCUCUUUUACACUUGAAUCAAUGGGGAAAGACAUUAAUUCGUUCCAUCUUCUUGAUGACGACAUUCGUUUUGAUGAAGACCAAGUCGAAUCUAGGGAAAUCGAUGAUGAAUUGGCUGUUGAAAUUCCAGAAGAAGAUAUUGUUGCAUCAGAAGCCCUUAAUAGUAAACAACGACAUGUCUAUAAUUUAGUUUUGGGAAAGGUUUUUUCUAAUGAAGCUGCUACAUUCUUUGUUGAUGGCCCUGGUGGGACAGGGAAGACAUUCCUAUACAAGGCACUUCUUGCCGCAGUAAGAUCAAGAAAAUUAGUCGCACUUGCAACUGCUUCAUCUGGUGUUGCUGCAUCUAUCCUUCCUGGAGGUCGAACAGCACACUCGCGCUUUAAGAUUCCACUGGAUACUGAUGAACAUAGCAUGUGUUGUGUCAGUAAACAAAGUGUCAUCGCGAAGUUACUACGUGUGGCAAGGUUAAUUAUAUGGGAUGAGGCCCCUAUGUCAAGAAAACAACAUAUUGAAGCAUUAGAUAAAAUGCUACGAGAUAUUAAUGAUUCAGAAUUAACAUUCGGUGGAAAAGUUGUCGUUUUUGGUGGAGAUUUUCGCCAAGUUUUACCUGUAGUUCGUAAAGGAACAAGACAACAACAUGUUGACGCCAGUUUGGUUUCUUCUUACUUGUGGCCUACAUUGAUCAAGUUUCAUUUAACUGAAAAUAUGCGAGCAAGAUUGGAUCCAGCAUUUUCAGAAUAUGUGUUAGAAUUGGGCAACGGAAUGCCACCAAUCACAGUUGAUGAAACUAUAAAAAUUCCUGAUGGCAUGCUUGUUCCGUAUGAAGAUGAUUGCACUUCUUUGGAUCAUUUAAUAAAUGCUGUUUUCCAUGAUAUUCAUGAAUAUUCAAUAAAUAUUUCAGCUAUGAUGAAUCGGGCCAUAUUAACACCAAAGAACAAUUAUGUUGAUGAAAUAAAUGCAUUGCUAAUUCAUAGAUUUCCUGGUGAGAUUAAGCGAUAUUAUAGCUUUGAUGAAGCAAUAGAUGCAUCUGAACAAUCAGUUAUGGAGGAUUUUUUAAAUACUCUAACCCCAAAUGGACUUCCUCCUCAUGAAUUGUUACUGAAGAUAAACUGUCCUACCAUGCUGCUUAGAAACAUUAAUCCUUCAGAAGGACUAUGCAACGGAACACGUCUAAUUUAUCGAGCUUUUGAUCGAAAUGUCAUUGAUGCAGAAAUCGCAGUUGGGCACUACAGCGGAAAAAGAGUCUUUAUUCCAAGGAUCCCAUUCUUACCAAAUGUUGAUGAAAAUAGUGGCUUCCCAUUCAAACGAACUCAGUUUCCUAUCAGAUUAAGUUUUGCAAUGACUAUAAAUAAGUCACAAGGGCAAACAUUGGAUUUUGUUGGAAUAUAUUUACCUCAACCUGUUUUCUCACAUGGUCAAUUAUAUGUGGCUCUAUCAAGGGCAAAGACUGCCUCUACAGUAAGGAUUUUACUACGGCCAGUGUCAACUGAACGAUCAGAAAAGAACUGCACAAAAAAUAUUGUCUAUACGGAAUUAUUAAGAUUAGCAUCUUCAGAUUAA